CGCUUUCACCUCUCAUGCCAGAGUCACAGUUCAGUCUCAUGUCCUCUCCCGGCUUCCGUAGGCAUUCCUUCACUGUCAGUUUUGUGCGGUGACAGACGACCAUCGGUGAGCCAACAAUCCAGCUCCAAGUGUAAACUAUGGAAGAGAUUAAUAACAUUGAAGUCACUCCGUGCACAGAGUCCGACUAUCUGAAACCGCUCAGGGUGCACUAUAACCAGAAUGGCACAAAGAAAUCCUGGGACUUCAUGCGAACCCAUGAUAGUGUAUCAGUGCUGAUCUUCAACACCAGCUCACACUGUUUUGUCCUUGUCAAGCAGUUCCGCCCAGCUGUAUACAUGUGUGAGUGGGAAAGGACCCAGCCGCCUACUAGUCUGCUGCGAAAAAAAUUAGAGGAGGGGCUCCGAUAAAGCCCCUGAUUAUCCGGAGGGCAGUGGUCGGGCCCCCAGUGGCAGCUGCUCAGUGGGCCUCAGUGAGCCUCACCUCUGGCCUCUGUGCGGCUGUAGGACAAACCCGACCUAUCUCUGGAGGAGAUCGCCCGGCAGGAGGUGCUGGAGGAGUGUGGCUACGAUGUGCCUGCCUCUAAACUGAAGAGGAUUACUUCUUACAGGUCAGGCGUAGGUGUAACAGGCGCCAAGCAGACCAUGUUUUACGCCGAGGUGUCUGAUGACAACUGUGUGAGCGCAGGUGGAGGUGAGCCAAAGGAGGGAGAGCUUAUCGAGGUGGUCAAAGUCCCGCUGCACGAGGCCAUGACGUUCGCCUACGACGAGCGUAUACCCAAAACCAUGGGCGUCAUAUUUAGUUUCAUCUGGUUCCAUAAUAACAUGUCUCCCAAGUACAAGAUCUCCACCAAUGUGUAACUAGUAUUAACCAACCCUCUUUAUACUGUUUAUUCCAAAUUAGAUCAAACACAGGCCCAGCACAUCCACACUUCCCCACAUGGCCCUUCAUCCUGUAUUGCCUUUGUGCUUAUUGGUACAUGAUGAAAGGUGGGCCCCUUGUCUUGUUGCCAACAGGUAUCUUUAAGUUUUGUCCCGUUUACCUUUUUGAGUUUCAUGUGGUCUUAAUAUUUUGUCCUAAAAACAUAUUUGCCAUAGCUGGUUGUCACUGGCACAUUUAUCUCUUCUUGAUGUUUUUUUUAAGUCUGUUAAUCAUUUCAUUUACUGUGCCAUCUGUUAUAAAUGGCUGCAUAUCACUGAUUUCAUUUGCCUGCCCUUGAUUAAAGGAAUACUCCACUGCCUUCAGUGUAGGCUCUUGAAUGUUACCUGUAUUUGAAAAAAGCUAAAUAGUAUUUUAAAUACACCUGAUACUGGCUAAGAAAAAGCCAUUUACCAUUCUGCUUUCAGUCAAAUUCCAACUUGUUUCAAGCAUUCCUACAACACCCAGCAUUCAUUGCAAACUUUGUGAUGCUGACCAGCCACAUGCCCGUGGUUAGCCUCGGUUUGCUAACAUUUUAGCAUGUUAAUAUUUGCAUUGGAGUUGAUGCAAAUAGUUGCUUAACAAAGUGUGCCAGAGGAAGUCUGCAUCGAAAAUGACAAUACACAUCAUAUGAAAAAUGGCUACCUUUUUGUACUGGUCAUUACUUGAACCAUUAAGAUAUAGAUAUGGUUAAAAAAAUAAAAGAAAAGCAAAACGGUGGAGUAUUCCUUUAAUCCAUGAUCCAGUAAUGCAAAAACUAUGCUAGUCAAUGGUGGGGCCUUGCAACGAUUGAGGUGUUCGGUGUGUUUUAACCACCACUUGUUCAAGCACGCCUCAGUUAAUUUCUCUAAUCCACAGCCUUUAAGCAAUACUUAUCAUAGUACCCCGUGCUAAACAAUCACUCAGUGUCAAUGGUAGAAAAUCUUUACAAAGUCAAGCCAGUGGACAUAUUGGCAGGCUUUUUCUUCUACAGGUGAAGUGGAAAAUGUGAGUUAGGUAGUUUCACACAUCACUGAAAAAGCAUUCAGCUACCCAUCCCUGCACCCAAGGCCCUAAUCUCGGUUAUAAAUUUGUCAUUGUUCUCAAGCACAAUCCUGCAUUGAGUUACCGAUAUUUGGCCUGCAACAUGUCAGCGGACGGUAUUGAUUUAGUUUUUUGAGUUUUGAAGGAAUUCUUUUUACUCUCUUUUGCGUAUAUUUUUUCUGCGAUUAAAAACUGGAAAUACAGUAGAGAAGACACUGUAUGAAGGCUAAAUCCUCCAUUUGUUUUAUCAUUUUUGUUACAAUCAAUUUCUAGAGAGUUCAUUUUGAACAUAUUAAUGCAAGCGUAGGAGCAUAUUUUAAAAGGAUUUAAACCAUCUAAAAGAUUGCCUUUGGUCAUAAUUCAUUUCGGGGGGGGGUUCUGUGUCGUAAAUCUCGGAUGGUCAUUAACACGCAAACCUGAUCUCACAAAGUGAAUCUCAACAGCAGUUUGCCAAAAUCUCAGGUCCAAAUAGUCAAAGUUUUGGUCAUAUUCAGGGUGGAUCUCUGGAUGCGAUGAUGACCAGCAUGUUAUUAUAUUAUUCUAUUUCAAAAUCACUUGCAGUUUAAAGGCAACACAGUUCUUACUAUAUGUUAGUAUUUUUCUUCAUUCAAAAAGGGCUGGUACUUCAUUUAUUAAUCAAUAUGUAAAAAAGAAGAAAUUCCCCCUUGUAGUUUUCCUUAAAAAUAUGCAAGUUUUGAAAAAAGACAAUACUGUUUUUAGAAAAUGACUGCUCACUUAAAACACACCUCAUUAUUUAUACAUGAUUACAGUUAGAUAAUAAGAAAAGUACUCUUCUUGGUGCACCUGCAAAGUUUUGAAGUAUGUGAGAAAAAAAUAUAGUGAGUAAAAAUGUAAUGGUCAUUUAAAAAAAGGAAACAAAAAAAGACUUGCCAGAAUAACUUUGUUGACUUCAAGAUAAAAUGAAAAGGUGCUGUACGCUAGAGUUAUUUGUAAGAGUUCAAAGGUAAUAGCACUUUGAACAUAUUGGAGGUGAAAUCUUAAAAAUGUUCUAUUGAACAAAAACAAAACCUAGUCCCCAAUAAAACAACUUCCUGUUGAUGGAUUUGUCUGAACUCUGGUGUAAAAAUGAAGGAAAUACUCCAGAUGAAUAUGAGCACCAGUUCAGCAUUUAUUUAGUUCUUCAGGGUUUUUUAAGCCGGAGGAACAGCUGACAAUCAAGUGAACAUUUGUCUUCUUUUACCCAUAACCCCUUGUGUUUUGGUCAUUUCCAUUGGUGUGUUAGGUGUAUGUACUUGUCCCUACUAGAUCUCACCGAGGUUCUCUUAGAAGAGGACUGAGCAUCAGUUUCAGGCGCAUCAACGCAUUUAUCUGCUGCUGCUUGAUGUCGAAAUGCAUUUUUAUCUGCACAAAACAAUUUUUGAAUCAACCAAACUAAAUAUGUUUAACACACCGGGUCGACUAUUUAGCUCCCAGGUUGUGUAGGAAUAUAUGCAGAACCGUUAAGCCAUAUUUAUCGCCCCCCCCCCUACGUUGCUAUCAUUGAGCUUCUUUGCCCUUCAGCCCAUCGAAGAUCAUUCCUUGAUGUAGGAUUCUAUAUGUUUGCUGGAACUGCUUAAAUCAUUUUGAUUUUGUUUAUUUUCUUUGCAAGAGGAAAGAUGACUCUCAUUUGCGUAAUUGAUUUACAUUCUUUCAAAUUAGCACCGAAACCUGAUGUCCAAACACUAAAUCAGAUUCUCUGUGUUGUUGAUGUCAUUCGUAAAUGUGGAUGCAAAAUUUCAAACGUAUACAAACUACAGGAUGUAUCUACUUUAUCAAGUUUAGAAAAAAAUUUGAAGCACCUUUUGGAAUCCCAUGAAAUGACCACUGGACAACUUAUGUGUAGAGUUAUGUGUAGAGUAAAUUAUAAAAUGACACAUUGUAACACUAUAAAGGGGCUUUUAAACAAUAUUCCCUUAACUACUUUUUACAUUAUGAUAACAAUCCACCAUAAUAUCUUUUUUUUAGCUUUCACUAAGUUAGAUUGUUGGCACCUUAUACUCAUUAGGUCCCCUACCUUCCUUAUUUCCUCAAUCUUCUUCUUCCAUGUGAUCUUUUCUUUAGUCUUAAGUUGAAUAAAGUCUAAGUGAAGUUUAAUGGAGAACCUUAAUAAAAUAUUCCCAAUGGUGCUCACAGUUUUCCAUCCUAUCUAGUAUGAGAUGAACCCAUCGUGGAAAACAAUAAACAUGGUCACUUUUUGUCUUGAAAUGACUCAUUAGAAACGUAUCUGUCGCCCACAUUUGAAAUAGGUUAGCCAUAAUCAUAAUCAAAAAAAUCCUCUUGUGUAUUUAAAAAGAAAUCUGUUUGCUGAAAUGAGGCCAACUGCUUCUGAUUUGGCUUGAUGUAAAAUGUGACAAAGCCAUUUCAACUUUUAAGGCCAGUCUGUAACUUCAUGUGCCUGUCAAAUGUGGAGAACUGCCAUGUGACUUCUCUUUUGGCUGAAAUAGUUUUUUUUUCUUUUUGAGGAAAGUUAUUGCAAAAACACAAAGGCUUUUCUUUGCCUUUUCCUUUGGCUUGUCACUGUGGGCGGCAUCAACCAGAAAAACCAACCCCGGUACAUAUUUCUCUACACUUUCCCUCCAGCUGUUAACUGAAAGUCGAGUGCAUUUAGUGAACAUCACAGAGGACGUACAGCAGCCUUAAUCACUGACAAAACAAAAGUGGCAUCCACAAAAAUAGAUAGCAGCUGCAAGUGGGAGGGAUCGAUUCUAACGUCUAAAGAUGUUGUGAUUUCAGCUUGAUUGUUGCAGAGAAUUCAGUUGCGAAAAGACACAACCAGCGUGGCAGCACUUCAGGUUCAGCUGGUUCAGCCAGCUUCUCUAUAUAGGCAGUGAAAGAUAUGAUGGAAAAUUAAUUUACCUGAGGCCUGUAUUUUAUUUUUAUUCCACCUGUGGAGUCAAAACUCACAAGUUGAUCUGUUAUCAGACCUCCAGUCUAUUUUAUACUCAAACAUUUUUUUAUUAGUUUUAUAAGCUAUUCAGAUGUGACAGGCUAUGUUUUUAUAAUCUCAUUUAGUUUUAAACCUAUGUGUGUUUUUCUGCGUACAAUGCUAAAGUUUUAGUUUGAAGCCAAACUCUGAACUCUCAUGGGGUUGACUUUAUUCUAAUAGAAGCCAUGUAAAGGUCGGUAACACUGGUCAUUGGCAGUGUUUUUGGAGGACUUAAAGAUAAAAGUUCAACCUUUUAGAAAAUCUCCUUAUUCGUUUGUUUUUUUUUAGCUGAGAGUAACAUGACAAUAUUCAUACCACUCUCAUGUCUGUACGGUGAAUAUGAAUCUACAGCCAGUAGCUGGCUACUGUAGCUUAGCAUACAGACUUGAAACAGGGGGAAACAGCUAGCCUGGCUCUGAGAAAAGGUUACAAAAUCUGCCUACCCGCACCUCUAAAGCUCAUUAAUUAACACAAAAAAAGUGUACAAAUUUCAUUUUUUAUAUGGGAUCAAUACCAGACUUUUUCUUGGCUGGGACCAGUCACUGCUUUUGGUUGCCUGGCAGCUGGUCCUGGCAAAGAAAAAGUUUGACAAAUAACCCCUCGUGAAGCGGAGAAGCAUCUCUUUUACACUUCCUUUUUUGUAUGGAUUAAACCAGAUUAGUGAGCUUUAGCUGUUAGCUACGAUAACCGGUUGCUGGCUGUAGCAUCAUAUGUACUGUACAGCCAUGAGCGGUAUCAGUCUUUUCUUAUCCAACUCUCGGCAAGAAAGCGAAUAAGUGUAUUUCCCGAAAUGUUGAAUUAAACCUUUAAGUCUCCCAUCGCGCGACAAGCCUUCCCCUCUACGACAAAAGUAAAAGCACUUUUGACAGUCCAGAGUGAGGUUGCAGACUGUGCCACUGGUAAGCCAUAUGCUACUUCUAUUGAAUAAAACACUAAUAUAUGAGGUUAUUAAUGGUUGUAUAAUUCAUUCUUUCCUAUGCUGGAAAUUAACCAUUAGCCCAGCAUUGGACGUUUCUACCUCCAUCACUCAGGCACAUAGCGAAAAUAUGUUGUGUCCGUUUGCGUGGUUCAAAGGCGCUGACAUAUCAAAUUCUCAGCAACAUGUCAGAAAUGUCAGCUCUCAGUUGUUCUCUGUGACUGAAUACUUAAUUCAUUGGUACCAGACUUUUAUAGAUGUACCCCCAUGGCUAUGCUGUAGUUGCUUCUUCAACUGUGAUGGUUUUUUAUUUAUAUUUUCUGUUAAUGGUUUGUGCACUUGUUUGACAAUUUCUUACUGUAUAUUCAAUGAUCAUGAGCUGAGCAACAGUUAAUCAUGAACAUGUUUUUUAAAGGUGCUAUGUGUAGUAUUCUCUAAUUACUGUUAAAUUAUAACUUGGAUCACGGAUGUGGCAGUUUCAACAUGACCUCUGGUGAUCUACUCAAUAUUCCUUUGUUUGUUGGAGAAGGCACUUUUGAUUUUGGAUGAAGUCGGUCGCGUUUGCGUCUUUAUUGGCAGACUGGUAGCUGAAUAUGAAACACGGGGAAGAUAAUCAGAUUUGCUGCUAUCAUGCUGUUCAUAGUGACUAUAAAGUGUAGCACAUGUUCUGUUAGGUAGUGUAAUAUUCAGUGAAAAUUCUACACAUAAUACCUUUAAGUGAAAGAAGUAUUAUGAUUUUUCUCAUUGUAAAGAUCUGAAGAAAUUUGUCCAAUUGUGAUUUUUUAAAUUUUUUUUCAUUUCUGGUGUCUUUAACUGAAUUUGUGUUUAAAAAAAAAAUAUUUUCUGGAGAAAAAAAAGUACAAACACGAACAUUGCAGUUUUACAAAUUUAUCAUGUAUUUAUGCUUUAUUAAAAGUGUAUACUCAUUGUGGGCAGUGUUUUCUGUAAUGUUUAAAUUUUGUUAAUUUAUUACCUAAAUGUUGAAAUAUUAAACACUUUUAAAACAUGACACUUGGUACAAACAUACAGUAUAUAUUUAAAUAUGAUACUUUGCAUGUGCACUAACUGUGUUGGAUUAAACUGCAUUAAGUUUAAAUAAAAUGGGUUUGAUGCCCAAAACGUAA